UAUCACUUAGCUCAAGCAUCAAGUAUGGUUUCUUCUAUUACUAACGUAUUUGAGACUGGCAAUUACACCACUCAAUUGUUGAUAGCAGAUUCGUGUUCACACACACAAUAUGUUCCACCACCAAAAUCUCUUUUGAUUGCAACUCCUAUUGAAGGUGGAGAAUUCCCACUUCUACUUUUCUUGCAUGGUUAUCUUAUGUACAACUCAUUUUAUUCUCAACUUAUUCAACAUGUGGCUUCCCAUGGUUUCAUUGUCAUUGCUCCUCAGUUGUAUGAAGUGGCUGGACCAAAUAUAAAUGGUGAUAUUUACUCUGUAGUCGCAAUAACAAAUUGGCUAUCGAGAGGACUUGGCAAGAUUCUUCCACCAAACAUAAUACCAAAUCUUGACAAGUUAGCACUUGGUGGACAUAGUCGCGGCGGCAAAACAACAUUUGCUAUUGCUCUUGGAAAAUUAAACAUCACAACUGAUUUAAAAUUUUCAGCCAUAAUAGGAGUGGAUCCGAUUGAUGGAAUAGAUACGGGAUUACAAACAUUACCACCAAUUCUCACCUAUGUUCCUCAUUCAUUUAAUUUUGAUAUGCCAACACUAGUUAUUGGCUCUGGUUUAGGUGAUGUAAAAAAAAACCUUUUGUUCCCUCCUUGUUCACCUAAAGGUAUCAAUCAUGAGAAUUUUUAUAAUGAAUGUAACAAACCUUCUUGGCAUUUUGUGGCUGAGGAUUAUGGUCAUGCUUAUAUGAUGGAUGAUGAUACUAAGGGAGUUAAAGGCAUAAUUAGUUAUUGUUUUUGUAUUAAUGGAGAAUCAAGAAAACCUAUGAGGAUAUUUGUUGGAGGAAUUAUGACUGCAUUCUUGAAAGCUUAUAUAGUUGGUGAUAAUGUUGACUUAUUGGCUAUAAGAGACAAGAAUGUGAGUGUACCUUUGAAGAUGAAAUUUGAUUAUAUUGUAUGAAGAUGAGAGAAGAUAUGAAAUGAUGUAUAUCUUUUUGUUGGACAUUCAUGUCAACUAAUGAGACAAUAACAAUCUCUAUGUAGUUUAAUUACGUGAACAUCAUGUUUUGAGAUAUAUGAAUGAUGUUGUUUUACAUUCA